AUGACUCGUCACUCUAAAAACUGUACUGCGCAUACAGUAUACACUUAUCAUGAAAGGAAGCGAGAUGCGGAAAAAUCGGGUUAUGGUACCACAAAAGUUCGGUUGGGCAAAGAUUCAGUUCGUGGAUUCAACUGCUGCUGCCUAACCUUGCAGCCAGCCAAGGAUCCAGUUGUCACCCCUGAUGGAUAUUUAUAUGACAGGGCAUCUAUUUUGGAGUAUAUUUUGAAUAGAAAAGCAGAUAUUCAGCGAAAUUUAAAAAAUUUUGAGAAGCAGUUGGCUCGUGAUGCUAAAGAUAAAGAGGAUGAUGAAAGGUUAAAAGAGGAAGAAGCCAAAAAGUUUCUCGCUUUUAACACUUUGGAAACGCACGCUAAGGCUGCUGCCCAGGAAAACGAGAAUGAGGCUCUUGCGUGUUCCUCCCGUACAGCUGUUGCGGUUGAAGGAGCUUAUAAGCCUGGAAAAGCUGCCAGCUUUUGGCACCCUACAAGUUCAAAGCCACUCAAGGGUGCUCACAAGCUUCCUCCUGUCAAGCCAGACACGGUAGUGCGGUGUCCAAUGAGCCAAAAGCCCAUAAAAUACAAAGAUUUAAUUCCAGUUAACUUCAAAUGUGUAGUCGAAGAUGACGAAGCAUUUAAUCUUAAGAAAAUCAAGUCGGCAUCUGCAUCUGAACGGCGUUUUUGCUGUGCCGUUUCAAAUGAUCUCCUUACUAAUUCAUCUUCUUGCGUAGUGCUUCGAACGUCUUCUUCUGUGGUUACUCAAGAAGUUGUCGAUAGUAUUCUUCGGAAGGAUAUGUAUGAUCCUAUAAACGGCAAGCCUUUGAAAGAAGAUGACUUUAUUCAUCUCCAGCGUGGCUCUCUUGGUUACGCUGAUGAAAGAGUUAUUUUAACUGCCAAGCGUUCGCUUCCAGUCAUGCAGACAUAA